UGUUCAUUAUUUUUGACGUUUGACCUUUCCCCCUGUCUUGUUCUUUAGGUAGCUCAAGAAAAUUCCUCCAAAAAUCCCAAAAUUCGUCUCCUAAAAAAUCCAAUUCCAUAGCAACACUGAAGUGAAAAAGACUAACAACAAUGUACGUAGAGCACGCAUUCUCGAUAUCCGACGAGGAUAUCAUGAUGGACAAUCCCCAUGCCAUUAACGAUCGCCCGCCCUAUAAGGAGAUCGGCCUCGCCGUCGCUCUUCUCGUCUUCGGCACCCUCGGCAUCAUCUUGGGCAUCUUCAUGGCCGUCAACAGAGUCGGCGGUGACCGAGCCCAUGGUCUUUUCUUCGCGAUACUCGGAUCCAUAUUGUUCAUUCCGGGGUUCUAUUACACGAGGAUUGCGUAUUAUGCGUAUAAGGGAUACAAAGGCUUCUCCUUCUCCAACAUUCCCCCUGUCUAGACUCGAGCCGAUUCUCCCUCUCCUGCCCCUGUCUUAUGUACAGAUCCCUUUUCAUUUUAUUUACUUUGUUUUUUUAAAUGUUUCGUUUCUACGGACUCCGUAGUUCUAUUCUUGACUUCACUUUGUAUGUUAUUUGUUUCAUAGUGCAAUUGUGGCCAGUAGUCUUGUUUUUUUGUGGUUGUUUUCUGACAUAAUAUCUAAUAUUACUAUUUACAGUUUCUUAAUGUUACUAAUUAUUCC